UGGCAGACUUGAGUCAGCACAGUGGUAUCCCAGCAACAGGGUGUAAAUAAGUUGGAGAUCAUUAUUUUCUCACAGAGAGCAUGAGAGAGCGCACGAGAUAUGAAUGAAACUUCGGUCUGAACCUGGUUAUUUCAACUAGCUUGUCGGGGCGUUGGGUGAAAGUAAGAUCCGACUGCGAUAUUCCAGGUAAAGCCUUCCUUAAACCGAACAGUCGGGGGUUAAUACAAGCUAACGUUAACUAGCUGUAUCGUCGCAAGCUAGUUCGUUAGCCUCGAAUGUGCCGUUUACGCUUAAACACAACAGCGAGAGUUCGCUUUGAAAUGUCUUUACUACAUGUAAAGAAGGGCAAAGUAAUGGACGUUAAGGAUUUGUCUUAUGUUGGAGAGUGACCGUACACAGUCAGCAGCUAAUGGUUAGCUCAGGUUAGCUAGCUAACGGUCACAACAAGAGAUUAACUAUAUGGCUGUAAGCGAUUGUUAAUUACUCGAACCUGGUUAAAGCCCACUUAGCAUGUUAGCUCGGGGUAUAUUUCGAGAAUAAAAGGUCUAUAUAAGGCUGUUCGUGUAGGACUUUUAGAAAGGGGGUCGUUUUGAAAGUAAUAGACCUUGAUACGACUAUUAAUGUAUCACGUUAGGUGAAUUUAAGAGGUUUGGAUGUUAAUACGGGUGAGCUAAAGCGAACCACAACCCACCUUAUAAAAUCACUGCUGAAGCUGCUGCCUCUCAGCAAAACCACAUGGAAAUCUGUUCACUGAUCACUGUGUUGUAGAAAUCAAACACAUGUGACUGGAGCAACAGGUUUGUCUCAUACUAAUGAAGCCAAAAUUUAAGCUGUAUGUUUGUGAUGAGGCCGCAGUGGGAACAUGAACUGUGAUGAUCACAGAUAGGAGGUUAUAAAAGGCAGAUUUAAUACCUAGAACGAGGUGUAAAAAUAGACUGUUGGAUUAAACAAUAUGGAGCAACGCCUUACUAGACUAGAGUAUUUGCUAACACAUGCUUUGCUGACUCUAAAAGUAUUUAUUUCUGUUUUCUUGCAGAUCAGACAGGCUGCCGAUGGUUGUUGGCAAGCAAAUGGGGCUGUUUGACAAGUUGGCAGGAUGGCUGGGGUUGAAGAAGGGUGUGAAUGUGCUUUGUCUCGGUCUGGAUAACAGUGGAAAAACUACAAUCAUCAACCAACUUAAGCCUUCAAAUGUAAGUCUACCCAGCAGUCAAAAGAGAGUUUGUAACCAACUACACUGAUGAUACUAAGAAUUAUACUAAACCUACUAAUUAUACUACCACUACUACUAAUAACUUAAAAACAGCUGUUUACGGGUCAAUGACGUGACACAGUUUUUUUUUAUGUUCCCAUGGUUUACUUAUAUUUAAAAAGGCCAAAAAUUAAAAAUACACUCACUAAUAACUUGAAUACAUUCUUAUUUUGAAGUCUAUGGCAGUGUCCGAAAUGAAUCACUCAAUCCCUAACCCCUAUAUGGGAUUUCACUAUAUAGUUGACUAUGUAGUGAGCUCAAUUACUGGAGGUUUCGGACACUAUAUGGCAAACUGCAAUGCAUGACGGGAUGCCCACCACCGGUGAGUGACCAUUGGAUGGUCACUAUAUUUUGCAAUGCUUUAUGGGAAAUUUUGAGUCGCCUAUAUAGGGCACUGGAAUUGAUCAUUCAGAUUUCGAGCACCCCUCAAAAUGGCACUAACCCCCAUAUAGUCGCCUAUAUAGGGGUUAGGGAUCCAUUUCGGAUACAGCUCUUGUCUAAAAUUUCUGGGUUUUAUCCAUUUUGAGAGAAUAUUUAGGGAAUAAUGGGGAAAAUGUCAUUGUGGUGUAACCAGGAAAACUCAGUACCAAAUAUUUCAACUUGUCCACAAAAGGAAAAAUGCUCAAUAAAACACAUUGUCAACUAGUUUGGCAUAGUCCUACAUUUGUGUUGUUUAACGGAACACCAAUGUUCUCAAUAUUAUAAUUUAUUUGGGGAAUUGUGUCUGUCAAGUCAACUUUCUUAAUUGUCAAGGUGGUGUAACCAGCAUUCAAGGAGCCAUUUUGUUCAUUUCAUUGUGACAGAAAAUUAUUCCACAUAGAAGGAUCCUUAAUUAGCCUAAAUGCUGCAUUCCAAGCUUAGAAGCUCUUCAACAUGUGAUUUAACAGUCAAAGCAAAGGCUAACACUCAGUACAAUAACAUUUAUAUACUCCACCAUCAGGCAAAACAUAAACUCAUACAAAGUAUUGCAAAAGUGUUCUUGAGUGGGGCACACACCCUGAAAAAAAGUCUGACAUGACCCUGAAAGUUGGAUGUAUCUCCAUUUUUGAACACCACUUGUACAUGUUUUUAGCCUUUUUAUGAUCAAAAAGCGAUUGUUGUUUUCCUUACCUGUAUAACAUGUAAUUGUUCAUAAAAACUACCACAUCGCUCUCUCUUAGGCCCAGGCACAAGACAUUGUACCAACUAUUGGCUUCAGCAUUGAGAAGUUUAAGACAUCCAGGUAUCUGUUCAUAAUAAAACAGUGUUUUUAUCAAAUUGAAGACAAAAUAAUCUUUCAUAUAAUUCUACAGCAUGUGUCAUACAAAACACGAUACAUUUUCAAAUCUUGGGCAAAUGAAAUUCUCCUUCUUUUGUAGUCUUUCCUUCACAGUGUUUGACAUGUCUGGUCAAGGCAGAUACCGAAACCUUUGGGAACAUUAUUACAAGUGAGUGCACAUGUGCCACAAGAGGAAUCAAUCCUAUUUUCCAUCAGUAUACAUAUUGAUAACUGCAAUUUUUUAACGUUUUUCAGGGAAGGCCAGGCUAUCAUAUUUGUCAUCGACAGUGCAGACAAACUGAGGAUGGUUGUAGCCAAAGAAGAGCUAGACACAUUACUAAAUCAUCCUGGUAAGCACAUACUACUGUGUCUCUUUUUUGUGCUACCCCCAGAAUGAGCUUUGUGCUUUGAAAAGAGGGGUGUAACUUUCUCUGGAAAGGAGUUUCUUAUUUCUAACAGGGCCUAUGACAGCACUUACACGACAUGAACUCUCUCAAAUGAUUCCUCUUUCUACAGAUAUUAAACACAGGAGGAUCCCCAUCCUGUUCUUUGCAAACAAGAUGGAUGUCAGAGAUGCUUUGUCCUCAGUCAAAGUUUCACAGCUGCUUUGUCUGGAAAAUAUCAAAGACAAACCCUGGCACAUCUGGUAUGAGCAAAAUUUGUACCCCAAUUUCCUAGUUAAGCAACUACAAGAAACUUAAAUUGUGUGGGCUUUUAUAGCUUCUGUGUAUUUUUUGUGCUUUGUGCUUACUGUGAGAAUUUUUGUUAUCAAAGGCCCUUCUUCUAUCUUCUGAAUGUGUUGUGUUAACAUGUUUCAGUGCCACAGACGCUCUGAAAGGAGAGGGUUUACAGGAAGGAGUCGACUGGUUACAAGGUGAGACAAAAGUUUAUAUAUAUGAAAGUGGGACUGUGUUUGGCAUUAUCAUUUCUCUACCUAGAAUACAGCUGUAAAUACAUCUUUAUCAAAUCUUGUUUUACCUACAUUUAUGCAGUCUGUGAUGGCUGCAACUUCACCAGAAUAUAUCACCAUCACCAGAUAACCUGUUGGUUUAUAGCUGGAUGGUACAGUGUAGGUCUGAUUAAAUUAAAAUUAACACAGAUGCUUUUAUAAUUCUGUAACACAAAAUAGACCUCAACGAUGCCUCCCCUUUUAUCUUAUUUCAAGGCAGUUAUACAUCACAGUUCAUCCUAUAAAUGUUAAGAACCAAAAUUCAUCUUAAGUUUUAUUCCAUACCUAUUGUAGCGACUGCUCUCCUUCAACAAAAAAGGCCGCUGGGGUUUAGAUUCGCUUGCAUCUGUGACUCGUUCAAUUAUCAGUCCGGUUUGCGUGUUAAAAAAGUGGUUUAUUGUUCCAAAAAAGAAAAGAAAACACGCUGAUCCAGGUCCAAAACUUUUGCCUUGAAAUGAAAAAAGUGACAGGAUGAAAUGAGGUUAAAACAGGAUGAGUGAGACGCUCAACAGAAAAUUAUCAGACCUUACCACAACCCGUUAUCUGACUACACUGGUGAGAUUUAAAUAACCCACCAAACAUCCCAAAACCACACCUCUCAGUGAUGAUCCCCGGAAGUGACGUACCUAGUAGAAAUCAUACUUUCAACAAAUAUAUAUUUUGGCUCCUUCACCUAUAGUGACAUGCAUUUUUCAUGUUGCAUAUCUGUGUUUGAAUGGAAAUAAAAGCACUACACAUGAGUUGAUAUUCACUUAUCAUGUGUUGCCAUUUCCACAUGUCUUUAUUAUUUGUUGAUUUUUUUCAUCGUUGUGUUCAACGCUCUCAUUCACAUUCUUCUAUAGAUCAAAUAAUGCAGUGAGUACUGGGUGUUUUGUACGUGUCGUGUCAUCUAUUGUGUCACUGCGUGAUGGUGGUGCUGUGAACAAAACCCCUUUUUGUUUUAGACAGAUGGUUUUUCUGUUAUCAGUAAUGAAGCACAGAUUUAAGUGCUCUGAAAUUAGAAGGUAACAGAAAGCUCAAUCUAUGGAGAUAUGUACUGGUCCAUAUUUCGAAACUUUGCUUUUGAUUGCUUGAAUUGGGCAAUCAAAAGUCCCCAUAUUUAUUCCUACAAUACCUGAGUAGUUGAGUAAGUUCUGUUUAACCUACAGUCAACAAACCGUUCCCAAAUCCAGGCUUUGUCAAUGCUUCACCAGUUGUGCUUAUAAAACAAAAGCUAUAAUAAAUGUCUAAUAUCAAAGUCUUCAGUGACAGUCUACCUGAAGUCUGUCCAUGUGAUGUUAAACUCUUAAAAGCUUGCUCUGAAAGGUGGAUAGCUUGUUCUGUCACUGGUCAAUGUAGUAAUGGUCAGAAUGAAUUGUACAGCAUUAACAUUGUUGACAGAAACCUCUUGACCUUCUCUUGGAUUUUAUCUCUCCUUGCUAAGUGCUAUGCUUUUUGUCAUAGCGAGAGCCAGCUGGGAAUAUGUUUCACAGAUAUAUAUAUUUAUUUAUUUUUGCAAAGUGAGUAACGGCCUUCUUUGUGUCUUUCCAGAUCAAAUAAAGACGAUGAGAAUGUGAGGGCAUGAGGACAGUCAUGCAAGAAGUAGCCACAUCAUCUUGAAGAGUGUUUUAUGAGAAGACUGGUUGACCUUGUUUCCAGAGGUACCAUAGGGAUAGGGACGUUUUUAAUGCAGUUUUAAGAAGUUGUUUGAUUAAAGUGGUUCACUACUAAUAUAAAGACAUGAUUUGAUUCUCUUUGGUUCUCAGAAAUACCGAUUAAACCCAUCCACUGACAGUGCUACAGAAACUAACAGGCAACUCUGACACAUUCAUUUUAGCCAUGUUCUUCUUUUCUGAUACAAGCAUUUUGAGUGAACUUGAUAAACUCAGCUGUGUGUAGGCAGUGAGAAAAAACUGUUUUAGUUUAUUAAAUGUUACUCCAUACACUUCUCAAUGUGCAACAGGUGCUGACGUCAUUUAGAUAGCAUGAAUAGCCAGAGAAUGUCAUGAGUACAUAUUGUUGGGUGAUUUGUUACUUAGAAUGCUUUUGCUCUCAGACAGUUUCAGACAGUCUACCAUAUGUCUGCAACAUGUGGGUUUCUCUGCAAAGGCACUAUAAUAAGGUCUCUGACUUUCGCUCUUUCUGCUCUUAACAUAAACUAAGUUUUGACUCACUGUGUUUUGGAAACAUCAUGUCAAUUUAAUGAUUUAUAAUUAGAUUUUUUUUUGCCUAAUUCUCUGCGUCUCUUAAACCUUUGCGCUUCAUUUAUUUUUCUCCAGAUUUUUUAGCUUUCAUGCUUUGUAGAAAAUAAGUUUUUCCUGAAUUUUGUACAUUUCUUAGUUUGUAUUGGACUAAGUGAACACAGAUAGCCUAGCUCUUAAACCAGAUGAAAUGACUUUCAUCAAGUGAAUGUUAACUAGUCUACAAGGUUUACUUUAAAAUCUAAAAUCGUAUUCACUAAGCUUUAUUCUGAUCGGUGUUCGUAUUUUUGCCUUAUUUCAUUGCUCAAACUAAAGGCUUUUUACAAUUCAGUCAUGGUACUUGAGUGAUUCAAAGGUAGACAAUGAAUAAAAAAAAGUUUUUAAUGCAAGCCUUUGAUACUCUCCUCUUGUUCUUUGACUGAAAGCUUGCAUUAAAAACCACUCUGGUAUAGAGCAGUGUGUGGGCGCGUUCGGUUUUGUCAGGCAACAUCACCUGAAACAAACCUCAGCAGAUAAGAGGUGUUUCACUGUUCUGAAAAAAGAAGAACUGAUCCUAUAUUUAAAAUAUUUGUAUUUUUUUAAUUUUACUUUUACAUAGAUAUUUGUAAAUCUGCUUAUUCACAUACAAACCACACUUGAAAAAUGAAUAUUUACUAUUGUACAAGCAGAUCUCGGCAUAGGCUUUGAAACUAAAGUUCUGUUCACAACACAGCAGAUAUGAUACAAGAUUUUUAACAUACUCUUAGGCUAACGUGAUUGUAAGAAAAGUUUCUGUUUAUUGUGUAAAAUAACAACUGCAAAAUGUAUAAUCAGAGGAUAUGAGAGGACAGGACUUAACAACUACUAGUUUUUGUGAAUAUAGUCGGUGAAGUAAAAGAUAAAUAAGAUACACAUUCCAUUUUUUCUGCCCAUUGCAACAGAUUCACCAGUAACACUUUACAAUAACCAUAACUUAUACAUGGUAAACAGACCAUUUAUAAAUGGCCAGCAGAAAGUUUAUUAAUGUUGAAUCAUCAUUUAUAAAUGGCAUGUAGACCAUUAAUAAAUUGUAAAGUUUACAAAGUAUUGUAUUUACAGAGUAUAUAAGUAUACAUUUUAAAAACCUAACCCUAACCCUAACUUUACAAUAACCAUCUAAGUAAUGUUUAUAGGUGGUUUAAAAACCAAACAUUAACCAUUUACAAAGUGCUACUGACACACAUUUUAAUCUAGAUGUUUUACAACCAAUAUUUAAACCCUAUAUAAACCUUUAAUAAAUAGUCCAUUAAUGAUUAAUGAAAAUUAUCAAUCAUAAUUUCAUUGUCUGUUAAUGGUGAAGUCACUUUUAACUUACAUUAAUCUAUUUGACAUUUAUAAUUGGUCGAGAUUCUGUUUUUAAAUGAUGGUUAAACAUUAAUAAACUAUCUAUUUACCAUUUAUAAAUUAUGGUUAUUGUAAAGUUCUGCGAUUUACUAACCAGGUAAACUUCACAGACCAAAAAAAAUCUGUAAUUAGAUCAAGUAUAUUAUUGUUUAUGCACAUAGUUACUAUCUGUCAGGGACUUUUCCAGAGAUCAUUCCCAAAGUUGUGUAUCAUGUACUGUAGUGAUUCCUUGGAAAAGAGACAUUCCCAGUAAAAAGUGAAAUGAGUCAAACUCGUGCACUCAUGGACAUUUUUUAUACGAUCUCUGAGGGAUGUUCUGGUCCAAAAGAUUCACACCCUAUACAUAGUGGCUCUAAAUAUUCAGAAUUGAUUUGUUCGUGUGUUACGUGCUGGAGGACAUCGCAGAGGUGAUUUAAUGGGAGUAGUUUAGUCUCUGCUACCCUUCAGACAUUUUACGUCAUACUUUUAAAACAAAGGGAGGCUUCUUGUGACUUUAGCUUUUAUAUUGUUCGAGCACAGGUUCACUUUAGUAUCAGAGGAAUGUAGUUUCUUCUUUCGAGCUGUAUCAUCAUGUAAGUUGUAUGUAUUUUGUUAAAUACAGUGUAUGUGUUCAUUUUCAAGGAAUAAAUACUGCUGAAAAUGAU